UCAGCCGUCGGCGUUAGACCAUGACCCGAUAGGAAUAGGAUCUAGAUUCUCCCGCCUAGGAGGACGUGUGGGGCUAGUUUCUACAUUUGCAGAUGCCUCCUCUGCCCCUGAUCAAAAUACAGGAGGAAUUGAAUUUGAAAUGGAACAUAAUAUUAAUAAUACAAAAUAUGAAGUUGUAGAAGAUUCAUUGUUAUUGAAUGAUGAAGAGACUCCAUUGGUGAACAGCAAUGAUUCGUCUGAUGCCGAUGCAGAAGGGGAAGAGUGUGCAGUAUCUUAUGAUGAUGCCAUUAACAUUGUGGGAUUUGGACGAUUUCACGUGCUGGUGUUGGUAGUGUGUGGCUGGGCCAAUGCUAGUGACGCUGUGGAGACUCUGAGCAUCUCCUUCAUCCUGCCAUCAGCGAGAUGUGAAAUGGACCUCACAAGCUUCCAGCUUGGAGUGCUCAGUGCUGCAAUAUUUCUUGGUAUGAUGUUUGGUGGUUAUGUGUGGGGUGCUAUGAGUGAUAUUCGUGGCCGACGCUCUGUUCUUUUGUGGUCGUUAUCGUGUAACGCCCUCUUUGGAUUGUUAUCCAGUGUUGCACAGAGUUACUGGCUCUUUGUUUUUAUGCGUUUCUUAAGUGGUAUUGGUGUAGGGGGUGCUACUCCAGUGAUCUUCAGUUACUUCGGUGAAUUCCAACCAAAGAAAUGGCGUGGGGCAAUGAUAAGUUUGCUGUCUACGUUCUGGAUGUUUGGAAAUAUUAUUGCAGCAUCGUUGGCUUGGAUUAUCGUUCCAAAAAGCAUUGGUGUCUCUUCUUCAAAUUUUAAGUUUACUAGUUGGCGUUUGUUUAUUGUCUGCUGUGUUUUUCCAGCCCUUAGUUCAGUUGUAACAUUUCUGUUUAUGCCAGAAAGUCCAAAAUUCCUACUUGAGAUAAAAUCGCUAUCUACUGUUGCAAGUAAAGAUGACAUACAAAAAAGAUUUUCAGAUUCCAAAAACAGUAUGGGGUGGUUAAAGUACUAUAGGUAUAAUCUAGUAGAAAUGAUGAAGUCUACAGGUAAACUCUUCGAAAAUAAGCUCCUUCGAAUCACUGUCUUGCAACUUGUUAUUAUCGCAACUUUAUCAUUUGGAUAUUAUGGGAUGUAUAUGUGGUUUCCAGUGCUGUUUCAACAGGUAGAGCAAACAGGAUCAGCAUGCCAGGGUCGGCAUGUUACCAGUAACAACACCUGUAUUGAUGGUCUUCCACACUAUGAUGCAGCUGUUUACAAAGAUUCAUUUUACACUGCAGCUGCCAACCUACCUGGAAAUAUAUUGGCUACAUGUCUAAUUGAUACAGUGGGUAGACGUUCACUUGUCAGUAGCAGCUUGAUAUUGUCUGGAAUUUCUGUCUUUUUCAUUUGGUUGGUGGAAAACAGAACUCAGGUGUUGAUAAUGUCUUGUAUAUUUGGUGGCAUCAGUACUAUCGCUUGGAAUUCUUUCAAUGUUUUGCAGGUAGAGCUUUACCCUACCCACCUCAGGUCUACAGCCAUUGGUGCCAUAGCACUGGCAAACCGGAUUGGUGCUAUCUGUGGUAACAUUGCCUUUGGUGCACUUAUUGGACUUUACUGUGCGGUACCAAUAUUUAUGGUUGCAGUUCUCAUGGUAUUUGGAGGUAUAGUUGUCUGGGCAUUACCAAAUACAACACGCAAAGCUCUAGAAUAAUAGUCAUCAAAUAAUUAAAAGUACUGAGUUACUAAAUGGUGUUGGAAAUGACUUUUAAAUAUUUUUAUAAUUGACUUUGGUAAACAAUGGAUGGUAAGUAGAUUUAUACAGGUAUAAUGUUUUUAGUAAUAAAAAUGUAAUUAAUUUGUUGUUGUUAAGAUUUAACAAACUAUCCAUGUUUUUUAAAAAUUUUGAAUUAUGCACCAUCCCUUAAGUUUAUAUAUAAUAUAUAAAUUUGUGUUACACUCAUAUACUUAUAUAGAUUUAUAUUCUGCACAAAUUUUAAAAGUAGAUAUAGCCACUUGUUGCAUUUUAUAUUACAAUAUUUUUUAUACAGAAAAAUACAUUUCAUAUGAUAUUUUCAUAUACAUUAGUUUUUGGUUUGUUUUUGUUUACCUCUUGUUUGGUCAUAGGGUGGUUAUUAUUACAUUAUCAUCAUAAUUGUGAUGAAGUCAUUAUAAUAAAUGUAUUGUUGAAGUUAUUGUUAUGACAUUAUACCUAUUCAUCACAUCAGAUGACAUUGAAAUAAUAUUCCUUUACUGUUUAACAUCUUGAGAUGUACGUUUAUGGACCUUUCCGUUAAACCCCUGACCCCAGAUACUGUUGGAUAAGGGUCCACAAAACGAAAGCGUAAAUGAACGUAAACCUGUGAAUUUUUUGUGGAACAAAGCUUUUACGUUUACUUUGUGAUCACAAUACCAUCAUGUUAUUUUUAGUGUAUUGAAUGUGAACACAAGACUGAUAGAAUUAUUGUAGGCUUCUUUCUGGUGCAAUAAUGAUUUAAUUUGCAAUGUUGUUAUUUGAUCUUCAAAUGUUUUCAUAAAUUGAAGAAAAAAUAUAUUUUUUUUUACAUUUUUAAAAUUUAAAAGGACGUAAUUGAUAGCUGUGAAAAUAUAAAUAGAUUAUUUACACGCUUCCUUAAGGCUGAUAAAUUUUGCAUUUUUACACAAAUGUAUUUGUGAUACAGCAAUGUAUUAUGUACCCAAACAGUUGAUUGAUUGACUUGUAAGUGUAUAGUUUGCUGGGGCGGGAGCAGGCGGUGUGAAUGCCCCCUCCCCCCUAAAUUGUAGUAAAAAAAUAUGAUAUAUCAUUUUUAUCAUUAUGAACAUAGUGAUUUUAUGAGAGUUUGAGAGUGCAAUUUCUGGAAAUAUUUUAAAAAUGUUCUCACCUCAGCCCCAACCGUGAUGGAGCUGACUUAGUGUGGACUCCAAUACAUCCCACUCUCUGCCAAAUCCUGCAUCCACCUCAGGUAUUAAAAUAUAAGAGUGUGGACUUGGAUUAUGUUAGAAAGAGGAUGGACUUGGAUUAUGUUAGAAAGGCUCCUUCGUGGCCCUAGUGACGUAUAAUUAUAACUGUAUAAUUGAUAUUUUAAGUCGACACAUUUGAUCAUUCUGUUUUAAGCAAUCAUUGUAUUCUUAUAUAUGACAUAUCAUGAUGAUAAAUUCUGAAAUUGGCCAGUAUGAAAUUAUCAAAUUGUAUAUAGGAUUUAUCACAGUGCCUCAAUUAUGCCAUCGUGUCAGUUAUGCCAUUGUGUUAGUUGGAGAUCUGUUUGAUUACUAUCCCAACGGUUUGGGGUGCUGGUGGGUUGUUGGAGGGUUUAUUUAUAAAGCAAGUAUUAGUUUCGCUGGUCAAUUCAUUCAUAUAAAAAACUGUCCUUUUUACCCAGUCAGCAGCAUGCUGACUGGGUUCUGUUUUUACAAUUUACUUUAAAAUUUCGAAUAUGACAAGAGAUGAAUAAUAAAGUGAUACAAGUCUUCCAAGGACACAUUUUAAAAUAAGCUUUCAUUCUAUGUCCUUUUGAUUGUGAAUACAAUUGAAUAAAAUAAUAUUUAAUUAUGCAACCUUUCAGUUAAUUAUUAUAUUUGUUUGAGUGUAUAGUAGGUAAAGGCAUUGUAUUAUUGCAAAGGUUGGUUGUGAGAAAAAAUAAAACUUAAUUAGUGAUUUUACCAGAA